GGAUGCUGCGAGAGAGCAGAUGGAGUAGAGAGAGAUGGUCUAUAGAGAAUGCUGUCAAUAUUAGAGACAGAGCAUGGGGACUCACAGGCUGACAAAACAUGGGAAACAUGGAUGAUAUCAGCUACCCCUAUGGAAGAAGAAGAUAUAAUUUCACUAGAGAGACACUGGUUGUUGGUUCAACAAGAGAGGGAAGACUCACAAGAGGACUGAGCAAACCCAGUGAACAAGAAGUGAGGAGUUGCUGAAAGUGACGCAGUCAAAAAUUGAACAUUGCAUACAAACAAAGCGGACUAAGCUGGAUGAGGUAAAGCAGUCUCUGGUAAUGCUGCAGGCCACUGUACAAAGAGAAAUGCAGGAAAAUGAAAAGACAUUCUUUGAUUUGAUUGCCCUUAUUGAGAUGACACAAACCAAAGUCAUGCAGAUGAUAAAGGAUGAAGAAAUGGCAGCAAUAACAAAGGCCACCAGUCUAAAAGAACAGUUGGAGAAGGAGCUGGCAGAGCUGACAAGAAGAAACCAAGAGCUGAUGGAAAUUUCAGAAACAGAAGACCACAUCCAAUUUUUACAGUCUUUGUGUUUCCCUUAUGAAGAUGAAGACGUAACCACCAUUACGGUUUUGCUGUAUCUUCUGGAGCAAUGAGAAAGGAGCUGUCUCAGUUAAAAGCUCAUCUUGAGGAGAUUGUAACCCGUGAACCACUGAAAACUCCUUCAAAAGUGUGUUCAUUAAACAAAGAUUCAACUCAUCUGCUCAAGCAGCAAGAAGUGACAAACAAAGCAAAUUUACUGAAAUCAUGUUCAUUAAAAAAAGAUUCAUCUGAUUUGCUGAAACAGCAAGAACUCAGAAACAGAGCAGAUUUUCUGAAAAAUGCCUGCCAGCGCACCCUAGAUAUCAAUACUGCAAACAGAAACCUCCUGUUAUCUGAAGGAAAUCUGAAGGUGUCAUCCAGUGAGGAAGUUCAGGAUUAUCCCGACCACCCUGACAGAUUUGAUUGGCGACGCCAGAUUCUUUGCAAAGAGGGAUUAUCUGGGAGUUGCUUUUACUGGGAGGUGGAGAGAAAUGGGGCAGGAGCUGAAAUAGGAAUUGCAUAUAAGGGAAUCAGCAGAAAGACUGGUGCAAACACUGUUUUAGGGCGUAAUAAUAAGUCCUGGAGUCUGUUCUGCUCCAAUUCCACUUACGUUGCGUGGCAUGAAAACAAAGAAACUAAAAUAACAGCACCUUUUUGCUCCAGAAUUGGGAUGUAUCUUGACUGGUCUGCCGGGACUCUGUCAUUCUAUACUGUUUCACAGCCAAUGAUUCUCCUGCACAGGUUCAAGACCACCUUCACUGAACCAGUCUAUCCAGGGUUUUGCAUUUAUUACUCUGACUCAAGUGUAAUAAUAUGUCAUCUGACAUAGUCGGUUCAUUUACUGCCUUUACUGGCUUUCUCUCUGUGGUACCUAGUUUGACUAGUUAUUUAUGAGACAAGGUAAAGGGCAUCAAUUUCUGCAAAUAUCUCAGAGUUACUUUAAAUUACUCUGAGAACAGUAGUAAAAUAAAUACACAUAAAAUACAUCAAAGUCUUAUUAAUAAUAUUUAUAUGCAAAUUGUAACAAAUAAGUGUUUCUCUAUUGCUGUAUUACACAAUAUGGCAAACUUAUCUUCUUAUAUAAUAUGUUACCGUGGUUGUUCGUUUGUCUGUCCAGUAUUUUAAAUCACCUGUAGCUUGCA